AUGAAGACACUAUUAGGAAAAAGGGGAGAGCCUCUCCAAGAGCUCAUGAAUUUCUGUGUCGUAGUGCCAGUAUUCUUAGCUAUGGGUUUCUCACUUUCGUUCGGAGGAGGAGUAACAGGUUAUAAAACCUUCUACACCCUGUUCCCAAAGAUUGACACCACUACUACUAAAGGAGCCGUCAAGAGUCACAAUUCGCUUAUUCAGGGGACUGCGAUCUCCUCGUUGAACUUGGGAGCUGCGAUCGGCUGUCUUUCUACUAUGUACCUUGGUAACAAACUUGGACGAAGAAGGACGGUCGUGUUGGGUGCGAUUGUCGCGAUCAUUGGGACGAUCUUACAGUGCUCAGCUUACUAUUUGCCCCAGUUGAUCAUAUCCAGAAUGGUACUCGGAGCCGGUCUCGGUAUGAUGUCUUCGACAGUACCUGUAUGGCAAUCAGAGACGAGCAAGGUCCACAAAAGAGGUCAUCAUGUUAUCAUCGACGGUAUCUGUAUUGCUGCUGGUAUCGCCCUAUCCUCGUGGCUCACUUUUGGUUUCUCAAAAGCUCAAACCACUUCGUCUUGGAACUGGCGUUUACCUUGCAUGACCACUGGUAUCUUGGCUAUCGUCGUUCUAAUCUUCACAUUCUCAUUCCCCGAGUCCCCUCGAUGGCUCGCCUUGAAGGGGAGGUAUGAAGAAGCCAGGGAAGUCAUCGCAAUUGUCGACGAUGUCGAUCCUCAAAGUGAACACACCGAAUACGUUCUCGCUUCAAUCACUUCUGUCAACGAAGCUUCUGCUGAAUCCGCUUCAUUCUCAAGUCUUUUCAAAUAUGGCAAAGAGAAGAUGCUUUACCGAUUGAUCUUGGCUUCCGCUACUCAAAUGUUCUCCCAGAUGUCCGGUUCGGCUCUCAUCACUUACUACUCUGAACAACUAUUCUCGACCGUCGGUCUUUCCCAUGAUCUAUCCAAGAUUCUCGGUGCUACCGAUCUUACGUUCAAACUGAUCUGCUGUUCUAUCCCUUUCUUCACGAUUGAGAGAGCUGGUCGAAGGAGGUUAUUGAUGAUUGCUGCUUCAGGUAUGAGUACCUGUAUGUUCUGCUUAGCCAUUUGUGGAUCUCAAGUCACCGAUGAUAACCUCGUUCCCGCUUACGUCGCCAUCGUAUUCGCCUUCAUUUUCGUGGCAUUCUACCCCAUUGGAUUCCUCGGCGUCAACUUCCUCUACUCCCAGGAAGUCAUCACUACCAGGUACAGAGCCCCUGCGUCCGGUAUCUCCACAGCUGUACAUUGGUUAUCCGCUUUCGUUGUUGCACUGACCACUCCAAUCGGUUUCACUUCCCUCGGGUGGAAGUUUUACCUCGUGUGGGGAUCUGUAGCCGUGUCCAUCAUCCCUUCCGUCUAUUUCUUCUACCCAGAAACCACUGGCUUGUCAGUUGAGGAGAUUGACCAAGUAUUCAUCGAUUCACCCAAUGUGUUCUCCACUGUCAGUCUCGCUGAGCAACGCAGGAAAGAAAAGGCUCAAGGUGUUGAUCUGCUCGAGGGACAUGUCGAGCAUUUCCCUGAGGAGGGAAAGAAGGCUGAAGAGAGACAUGAACAAGCUUUGGUUGAUAGUCGCGUCUAG